AUGGCGAUCACGAUCCACAGGGCGUUGCUAGUAGCGACGGUCGUUUUAGCGACGGUAAUACGAAACUCCGUCGUCGUCGUCGACGCGAGGGAGAUUCAGAUUAGCAACCAGGUAAGCCUCAAGAUGGCCGUGAUAGUGCACUGCGCGUCCAAAGACAGCGACCUCGGCGCCCAUCUCCUCGGCUACAAUGAUACGGUCAGUUGGUACUUCGAGCCGAACCUUUUCGGAGGGACGUUGUUUUGGUGCAACGCGGCGUUUCGAGAUGGUCGUCUUUCCUUUGUGGCUUACGAUCAGGAGAGCGAUCUAACUCAGUUACAGUACUGGGUUGUCGAUGAAAAAGGGGCUUAUGGGAGGCGGAGCAGCAGUGGGCCCUAUGCACGUUUUGUGGCCCAGUGGAUGCGAGUUUGGGUCCCCGGCCCGUAG